AUGGAAUCCCACUCUACCCGCCCCAAAAAGACUGACAUUGUCCGCAAGCGAACGGGUUGUCAAAAUUGCAAAAAGAAAAGAAGAAAGGUCGUACUUCCCACGGUGACAUUCUACUUUCUUCGCCAUGUUCCCCGUCUUGUGAAAAAAGGAGUAAAGUGCAGCGGCUACGAGCGUCCCGUGACCUUCAGAGACGUCACCACUCGAGCAGCCGAGUCUUCGAGGAAGUUUGAGGAAGCUAGAUGGGCCGCUCUGCGUCUUGAGGAUGAGCGAAGGAAACGACGCCGUAUUGGGUCAACCGGGGAGCCGUCCCCUGUCGCUCGGGAGUCAUCAACGCCGGAAAACAUUAUAGGAUUACCGGCGAGAGAUGAUACGUUGACAGCUCCGGUUCUGGCACCUAUGUCUCCAUGGCACGCGACGAACGCUGAGGGCUGGCUCGCUGGGUCCUUCACCUUACCGUGGUCACUUUUCGACACAUCUGGUGCUUCUUCCGCGAUUCAAGACCCGCCUCAACAACGACAGGAGGUAGCCAGACCAAGGAAUACCUCGAGCGGAAUAGAGCAACCUACUACGUUCGAAAAUUCUGCCAACCGGUUGAUGCUGACAAGUGGAGUACCAAACAGCUCGGCACCGGUAGCGGAAGCGCCAAGCCCAGCUUUGACGACUGGGUGGGACGAGUUCCUCGUCACUGACCGUUCGUCUCCGGGGUCUUCCACGUCCACUUCAUCUCCCCUAGGCGAACCGACGGCAGACUGCCAGCUAUCGAUACCUCUAGAAGAGGUCCUUAUUCAGCACUUCGACAGGAACGUCCUUCCUUUGAUACCAGUUGCUCUCUCCUUUCCGAAUCUCUUCCGCCAGAGCAGCUGUUUCCGAUCAGCGGUCCUAGCUCUGUCCGCCAGCAACAUCAAGCUGACGCAACCUCUUCCCAUCGACCCGCUCGUGCUCCGUCGAGUAUGCGACGACAGCAGCGUCUGGAUCUACUAUGACACAGCGGUCAAAGGCCUCCAAGCUCAACUUCAGAACGUGGAAAACUACCGCGGCGAGGAGCUCGCGGGCGCCGCUUUACUGCUUGCCUACCACGAGCUGGAAGCCGGCACAGCCCUGGGAAUCAGGAAUCACGCUACCGGGCUGGACGCCAUCGCAUCCAAGCUCGACUUUGCCGCGUCGUCCAUCCCCGACCUCUUCAAAGCCUGGCGAAUGCUUCGCUACGAUGUUCGUUUCAUGAUGUUGCCGACGCGAGCGACAUGCAAUGUUGUAGACAAUUACGAUGUCUCGAGUCUACUAGACCCGCAACUAGCAAUUCGUGAUAUAUUAUUCAGGCUACAUGGCCUUCAUGCACGCUACGCGAUGGAGGCUACAUUCAGCCAAGAUACGACCGCAGACGGCUGUAGCGCUUCAGAGAAAGUUGCACUGUGGCUUAUGUCUGUCCUCGGCCGGGAAUCGGAUCGCCGUAAUGUGCGCCUCAAGGACUUUCACAAGGAGAACCUCACACCUGAUACGAUAUUGCGGCAGUGCGAUGUGUUUUCGCAUCGGCUGGAUAACUGGCACAGGGGGCUCUGCGACCACGAUAUGCCGGUCGUCAAUCUUGGGGCGGAUUCGGAUCUGAUCAGUGGCGCUACUUUUGAGACAUUUGUCACUUACCGUUUCGGUGACACGAGAAAAGCUCUUGAGUACGUGAUUUAUCUCGUGUGUAGGAUGACGUGCAGCUACCUGCGGUCUCUGUUCGACCCGUCUGUGCAGUCUUCGGGCACAGAUGCACUCGCCAAGGUCAUUCUUGGUAUUGUUUGUGGCAUGAAUAUGCAACAGCGGCAGCAAUUCACUGUUCUUCGGGUGGAUGUCCUGCUCAGGAUGGCUGCAGGCUUGUCCGAGGGCACAAACUUUAUCACCACCGUUCUCGACUAUCUGCUUCCAAGACUGAUCUCUUCGGGCCUCACUGGUCCUGACAUUGUUGCGUGGGUCUACUUGAAGUCAGCGUUGGAGCUCGAGCUCAGGGAAAGACGGAAGGGCCGGGCGAUCAGGAUGACCAUCGAUGGAGUCGAGGAGGACUGUGAGAUGUGGCAAUUGGUGAACAGGCAUCCCGUCGCUGCUUUUGGGGACUACAAUGGGAAGGGGUACUUCAGGGAUUGCUACGUCAUUGAGUGUCUAGGCUGA